CUUAAAUGGGGAUGGAGCAAAGCUGAUCUUGAAGCACUUGAGGAAGCACUAGAUAGAUCAAGUGUAUUGAUUCUUUGACUAGAUCUUGGAGAUUCUCAAGGGAGCUUUACCAGGGGACUACAGUCAAUAUCUACGCAAUAUAGAGUCCCGCAAAAUGAAACGAUCAGUAUUGUACUAUCUCCGGAUCAUAUCGAACUUUCCAAUUUACCAAGCAGAAAACCGGCACAUCUUCAACGAUUAUCCUUUGAGAUGAGACCUCGAAGGAUUGAAGGUAGUGCUUUUCGGGUACUUGUAGAUUCACUCAGGAACAAUACCACUUUGACAUAUUUAGAUUUGCAUACCAAUCCAAUUGGGAAGAAGGGAGUUACAGCACUGUCAGAGGUACUCAAGACUAACAUGAUAUUGACCUGUUUGAACUUGCAUCUCAACAACAUUGAGGAUAAAGGAGCUCUUAUAUUAUCGGAGGCACUCAAGGUCAACGCGACCUUGGCCGCUUUGGUCUUGACGAACAACUCAAUUGGGAAUGAAGGGGCCUUUGCAUUCUCUGAGAUACUAAAGACUAAUACGACUUUAAUCACUUUGGAUUUGCGGUUCAACCUAAUUAAGAAAGGGGUCCUAGUAUUGUUAAAUGCGCUCAAGGCUAGCUCAACUUUGACCAGUUUGGGCUUCUGGAACACCUUCCUUAUGGAGCAAUUAUCGGGCGGAGGCGUACUCAAACGACUACCCAUUUGGGAACGGAGGGUCUCUCGCACUUUCGGAGGCACUCAAGGCCAACAUGACCUUGAUCAAUUUGGAAUUGGAGAGCAAGUCUGUUGGGAAAGAAGGGGCCCUGGCACUGUUAGAGGUCAAAACCAACACAACUUUAACCACGUUGGGCUUGUGGAAGAACAAAAUUAGGAAUGAAGGAGCUCUCGCAUUGUCAGAAGCGCUCAAGACCAACGCGACUUUGAUAAGUUUGUACCUGUAUUGGAAUUUAACUGGGGAGGAAGUAGAUCUGAUGUUAUCAGAAAUACUCAGAACAGGGGCUAAACAAGGUAUAAUUUAAGGCCAUGUACUUAUACUAUUAAAAGUAAAAAUAAAAAAG